CUCGCUCCCAAAAGGACGUACCCUAAACCAGCUCAAGCGUUCGUGUUCCGUGAAUCCUUCGCAAGGACAUCCUGUCAGUGACGGCAAAUAGACUGUUCACUCACUAGGAUGGAGUUAGCAACGGAGCGACCCGCUCAUUACAGUCAACUUCCCACUGCUUCUUCGAGCCUCUCGGACUUUAACGAGAUGUGGCUCGACCUCGAGUCUGUGCUGCUGGACGAGACUCGCGAGGACCUCUUCGGCGUCCACGACACCGCGCCUCAGCCGCUCCCCCUGGCCGCUUGCGGAAGCCCCUCCGCCGCCCCCUGCACCUCGCCCGCCCUUUCUUACCCGCCCACGCCGCCCACCGCUGAUUGCGACGCUUCCGUGCAGUCGCUGGACUUCGCCAGCCUGUGCUCGCCGCAGAAGAGCGUCGUGACAUCCCUGCCGCCCAUGAGCGCCAUCUUCGGGGGCGUGAAGCGCGAGUUCGAGCAAGUCGUGCCACAGCAGCCGCAGCCCUCACAGCAGCGCCACCAGCUGUACCAGCUACCCCACGCCCAGCCGCAGCAGCAACAGCUUCAACAGCAGCAGCAACAACAGCAGCUCCAGCAGCAUCAGCAUCUGCAGCAGCAGCAGUCGCAGCAGCAGUACAUGUGCCCGACGAGCUCGGCGCCGACCGCCUUCCCCGGGUACGGGCAGUACUACCCGACCCACCCGCACCCGGCGGCCAUGUCCUCGGCCUACACCACCCACACCACCUCCCUCGCCACUCACACGGCCGCCCACGCCGCCCACCCUUCCCACACCGUCCAGACGGCCGCCCCCCACCUUACCCACACCGCUGCACCCUCCAACACGCCCUUCGGCAGCAUGUACCAGUACUGGGGCGGUGCGGGGGUGGUCCUGACGCCGCCCUCGUCGCCGCACGCGCCCGGCGUCGUGGCGGCGCCCGUGCUGUGCCCGCCCGCCGUGUCCGCCUCCAGCGCCCCGCCGCCCGCGCGCCCACGCCGCCGCCGUGCCCCGCGCCGUGUCAUCAUCCACAAUUGCCCGCAGCCGUCGUGCAACAAGACGUACACCAAGUCGUCGCACCUGAAGGCGCACCUGCGCACGCACACGGGCGAGAAGCCGUACACGUGCAAGUGGAAGGGCUGCGGACAUGUUGUAUAUGAUAUCGCUGCGCCCGACGCGCUACGACCGUAUCCUACUAUCCUCGACACUUAA